CCCCAGCAACCGCCAACAACACCCAGCCACAACAUCAACAACAUCAACAACAACACUCCUCCCCCACACUCACUGGCAUCACACACACAUCACUAGGGCACCAGCGCGCAUCCCAUCAUCACUCACACCGAGCUCGCUGGCUGCCCCCUCCCUCCCUACCACCUCCGCCACCGCUCCCCCGCCCAAGCUCCGCUCCACUCCAUCGCCGACUUGGCCGGCUUACGCACACGCACCGCCACCCACCCAGCACACUUCGCCACCAUGCCCGCGACGCUCUCGCCGUUCCGCUACAUCCAAGUAGCGCGCUACCUCCUGCAGUGGUGGCUCGAAACCGCCCCCGGCUUUGAGGCGCGCCGUCGCGCAGCCCAGGCAAAGGCCGCUCAGCUCAUCUACGCGCCCCGCUUGCGCCGGUUUGCCGCCGCGCCAGCGAUGCACGCCGCGCUCGACGAGGACGAGAUGGGCGGCGGCGCACGCCAAAAGGUGCGCACGACGUCGCCGAGGCGCUCCGUCGCAGAACGCCUCGCACCCCCGCCAGAGGCCGAGAUCGGCCUCCCGCCCAAUACGGACCCGGCAGAGGGACCCGCCCGCCCACCACAACAACCCAGCCUCACACCCCAGGACCAUACCGAGAUCUACCGCCUCAUGAACGACCAGCGCGCCUUCCUCCCCGGCGCGAUGCAGCCCCCGCGCGAGAUCAUUGUGCUGUGCCACGGUCUCUACGGCUUUUCCACGGCUACGCCUAUCCCACUGUUCCCGUCGCUCAAGCUCCACUACUGGGCUUCGGUGCUCGAUGUCCUCCGCGACCGCAUGGGUGCCAAGGUUGUAGUCGUUGGCGUCAAAGGCACUGGCUCGAUUCAAGAACGCGCAGAACAGAUGCACGCAUUCCUCAAGUCGUACUUGCCCAAAGGCGUCGGCGUCAACUUUGUCGCCCACAGCAUGGGUGGACUGGACGCCCGGCACCUGAUAUCCACAAUCAAGCCGACGGAAUACAAGCCACUCAGCCUCACCACGAUUGCGACGCCACACCGCGGCUCGCCGUUCAUGGACUGGUGCGCCGCCAACAUUGGCGUCGGCACGGAACACUCGGGCUCGGGAAGCCCCCCGCAACUCCCCUUCUCGCUCGACUCGCCCCUCCUCAUCCGUGACAGCGCCGGCAAGGCAAAGGCCGGCGGUGGCCAGCCCGACACCCUCGCAUCCUUCACCUCUGGCCUCACAAACUACCUGCUCAAGAUCUUCGACUCGCCCGCCUACUCCAACCUCACGACCUCGUACCUCCGCGACGUUUUCAACCCGUCCACACCCGAUGACCCCAACGUCAAGUACAUGUCGGUGGCUGGACGCUUGGCCAAAAUGUCGGUUCUGCACCCAUUGUGGUUCCCCAAGCUCGUGCUGGAUUCCGCCGCCGAGAAGGGCUUCCCCGCUGGAGAAACGAUUCCGGGACAGCACUACCAGGGCAACGACGGCCUCGUGUCGGUCGCCUCGGCCAAGUGGGGCGACUUCAUGGGCGUCGUCGACGGGUGCCACCAUUGGGACCUGCGCGGCGAGGGCGGUCUCUGGCCCCAGGGCGGCUCGCUUCGUGACGCGCCCACGGGCAGACCAGACGAGACCAAGCCCGGCGGCUGGGACUGGCAGGGCGGUGUCGGCGGUGCUCUGGGGCUGCGAGACGGACCCAACGGCGCCGGCGAGGCUUGCGCAACAGGCGAGGGCGUCGAGGUGCCCACCGGCAGACGGGAUCAGCAGCUCGACCCCGCGCAGCACAAGCGCGACCUCGCCACGGCGAGAGCCAUGAGCCCCGUCUCGGAGCGUCCCAAGCGCAGUAACGACUCGUGGGACCUCGCCCAGGUCGGCCAGUUGAUCGACUGGGUCGGCGACCUCUUCCCCGGCGACAAGAAGCAGGACGAGAAGACGCACCAGAUGGCCGACGCGACCAAGGAGCAUGCCGGCAAGAAGAUUGUCCGCGAGAAGUUUGAUCUCGCCCGGUUCUACGGCGGCUUGAUGCUUCGCUUGCGCGAGGAAGGCCUUUGAGAUCCUGUCAACAUACACGGACCGUUGUAACAUUAGAGAGAGGGGGAGGGGUGCCGCUCGGCAUUUAAUAGCAUGGCAUCGGAAAGAAGUAAUAGCAUAGGGAAGUGUUGUUGGACUGCAUGCACGCAUAGCAUUGA